AAAAAAAUCAACCCGAGUCCACAGUAUCAAAAUUCACACUACGAGACGCACAGCAGUUGGAGACGCUGUGUGCGAGACAGAUAGAGAGAAUGGCGUGGUGUGCGGCGAGGUCGAUGCACGCGCCGAUGAUCGACGUGGGCGCACUUCGGAGACGGGCUCCGUUUGCCGCCGGCGUAGGAUUUGCCUCAGUCGCUGGCACCACCCUGUGGCGCUCCUCAUGUUCCUCUUCCAAGCGAUCUAUGCCCCCCUUCGCUUGCUUAGGCAUUUCCACUGAUUCUCGUGUAAAGGAAGCCGUUCAAACAGAAAAGGCUCCGGCUGCAUUGGGACCGUAUUCUCAGGCCAUCAAAGCCAACAACUUUCUAUUUGUUUCUGGUGUUCUCGGACUUGUUCCAGAGACUGGGAAGUUCAUCUCGGAUUCUGUGGAAGAUCAAACAGAGCAGGUUCUCAGAAAUAUGGGGGAAAUACUGAAAGCUGGUGGUGCAAGCUAUGCCUCAGUAGUUAAGACAACUAUUAUGUUAGCUGACUUGAAAGACUUCAAGAAAGUGAAUGAGAUUUAUGCUAAAUACUUUCCUUCCCCUGCCCCGGCUCGUUCAACAUAUCAAGUGGCAGCAUUACCAUUGGAUGCCAAGAUCGAAAUUGAGUGCAUUGCUGCCACAUGAACUCCUUUGAUGUAUGGCAUGUGCUUCGUUAGACAGCUCUGGUUAAUAAGGUGGAAGGGGUAUCACCGAGAUUUGGAGUUGGACUUUGUUUUGUCUCCCAGUGGAGGUUGUAGUUACUUUAAGAAUGCUAUCAUAAUAAUUGAACUUGUAAAAACUGAUGAGAGAGCAUCAAUUAGCAGCACAAGGAUAUCCAGUGCAGUGUCCUUGUUAAGAAGACACCGAGAAAGUAUUCGGUUCACCUGUUUUGGCAGGGAAUGGAAUGUAACGCAUAUUCAUUGUUUUAAAACCAAGUUAUCUUCCGAGUUUUUAGUGCAA